AUGGGACAAGCCCUGUCUGACGAGAACUCGCGGCAGGCGACGCACGAGGAGCUCACUCGUGAACUCGCCACUCGGUUUGCUGAAAAGUGCUUCACCUCGCUCGAGCUAUAUUCGUUCAAAGAUGUCUUCAAAAGCUUGGCAGAUAACCAAGGCGAUAUCCGUUACUUGAAGGAAGACACACUCGCACGGUUCCUCGAAAUACCCGAUAUCCUCCACGUCUCGCCUGUAAUAUUUCAGAUGGUGUCCUACAUCGGCGCCUUCCCCUUCUUGCAGGAUGCUCCCGCGGUUCUCGGUAUCGAUCAGAUGAUCAUGGUCAUCGUUAUCAUGACGCAGAGACACAAGCGGGUUCUGGCCAAGGGAGCUACGGAUAGGGCCAAGCUCCUCUUCAAGAGUCUCGCAGUACACGAUCGCAGGGCAUCUGAAGCAGCUGCUGCUGCUGAGGACUCUAAAGAGGCGCCGCCAAACGAACCCAAGGGCGCAAGCCAUGCGGUUGGCUUCGCAGUCGACGAACCUGUGGACGAACCCGAGGAAGACGACGACGAUCUCGAGAUCGCAGCCUUUGAGCUUCUUGAUAUCCACGAUGCCGUUUGGCAGGGUGAUGCGCCAAAGAUGCAAGGGGCCAUGAUACCCGCGGAUAACUUCCGCAAGCUGCUGAUGCUACUGAUCCUGAUUGCACCACUGAGUCCCCAGGAGAGUCUGUCAAUGUACUCCACUCGGGUCAGGGGCGACGAACUGGAAAGCCUGCGCGCUACCGCAGAGAACAUUCUGGCUGCCUUCUUGAAUGUCGAAAAAGCCCCUGGUAUCAAGUUUGGUCACUUCAACCGAGUGCUCCCUGUUUGCUUCCCGAACCUCUUCAAUGGGUUCAGCCCCCUGUUUGAGCACUUCCUCUUCUCCAAGAACUUGGAUUUCACAAAACACAAGGGCGAAGACCCCGUAGCCGCCGAAAAGCAGCCGGAGGAAGUCGUGCAACCUUUGCUGCAAGACACUGCGGAAAUUCUCAACCUAAAUGUCCUCUCACAACUAUCCUUCUUCCUCCCAGGAUCCGACCUGUUUAGAAGACUACGGCUUCUGUACUCCGGCAACGAAGACGGCUUCUCCACGGGAAGCUUCGAGAGCAAAGUCUUCAAUUGGCGAGCACCCACCAUCCUUCUGGUACGCGGCACUCGGCUGAAUGACGCGCCUCACGGCAGUCAGGAGUCAAAUUUUGCUGCCUCCAUCCCUCCACGUCGCUUCCCGAACAGCGGCAAGGGAGAGCGCCUGACCUUCGGCGUUUAUGUUAGUCAACCAUGGAAGCACACAGCCAAGGAAUGCUUUGGCGAACGAGACACCGUGCUUUUCCAGCUGGAGCCCGUCCACGAUGUGUUCCCAGCUUCCAAAUACAACUCGGAUUACGUUGCCUUCACCAAGGCGCCUACUAAUCGACCUAUGCUCGGCGUCGGAUGCCCCCAUCCCCGACAGACGCAAGCUCACCGGAGGCAGACCAUGCUGUCUCUCGGCGCCGUCUCCUUGCUACUCGACGACUCUUUCGAGUUUGGAGUGUUCACCCACGACUGGACCACUGGUGGCGGCGCAUUCCAAACGAGCACGACGCGAAAGUUUGACUUUCAAGAUCGGUUCGAGAUUGAGAGCCUGGAAGUCUGGGGUUGCGGAGGGGACGAGGAGGCCAAGGCGCAGGCGGAGCACUGGGCUUGGGAGCAUCGUGAGGCGGAAGCUCGGCGGAAGAUCAAUUUGGGCUCUGGUGACAUUGAGGCUGAUCGUGCGCUGCUUGAAAUGGCUGGUCUCGUGGGCAACAACCAGAGUGGUGGCUCCAUGAUUUGA